AUGACAAGUUGUAACUUGUCCACUGUGGAAUCAGAGGGGCUAAGCGGAGGACUAGCCCUGUUUUAUUUUGAUUCUCUUUCUGUUAAUAUUCUAUCCUCCUCGAAUCGUCUUAUUGAUGUUGAAGCUGCUAUUGAGGGGAAGAGUGUUUUCAUGACCUUUGUUUAUGGAGAUCCGGUCCAUGAGUGCCGAGGAAUAGUGUGGGAUCACCUUACUGAGAUGAGUUUACGCAGGAUCCUCUCUCCUGGGUUGGAUAUCGCUCUUCCGGUAAAGUUCAGUGUCGACUCGACCGCACCAUAG